AUGACGUCCACCGCAUCACCGUCAGAUGGCUCGGGCCCGGCCCUGGGCCCGGCUCCCGCCCCGGCUGCCGCCUCGAGCGCUGCCUAUUCCACAGCCGUCUCUAGGAUUCACGGACGAUCCAACAUUCCGGACGAGGCAGCCUCCAACCCGCAUCACGUGCUCAAGGGCGGGACUGUUGCCGGUUUCAAGAACCCGCAUCUGAGGUCGACUCCCUACGGGUGGUUGUCGCUUCUCAAGAACAUUGUGUUGCCGACUUUGCGAGGCGACCUUGAGCGCCCCGACACCUCCCCCCCCACCGUCACGGUUCGGGAACCAGAAUGGCUCCCUUGUCGAACGUGGUCGGACAAGCUCCGAGCUACGUGGCUCGGCCAUGCCUGCUGCUACGUCGAGUACCCGUCCGGCCUGCGCGUUCUCUUCGACCCCGUCUUUGAAGACCGCUGCUCGCCAUUCUCCUUUAUGGGACCCAAGCGCUACACCAGCCGGCCCUGCAACCUAAAGGACAUCCCCGUCAUCGACGCCGUGGUGAUAAGCCACAGCCACUACGACCACCUCUCCCACGCAUCCGUCCUCGAGAUCCAGAGACACCACCCGCACGUGCAGUUCUUCGUCGGCCUCGGGCUGGAGACGUGGUUCCGCAGCAACGGCCUCCGCAACGUCACCGAGCUCGACUGGUGGGAGGAGGCCGAGCUGACGGUCCGCGUCGACGGGCCCGACGGCCGGGACAGCAUCUCGGCCCGCAUCUCGGCCCUGCCGUGCCAGCACACCUCUGCCCGGACGCCCUGGGACAAGGACAGCACCCUCUGGUGCUCGUGGGCCGUCAAGUCGGGCGGCAAGUCGGUCUGGUUCGGCGGCGACACGGGGUACCGCGCCGUGCCGCGCCUCCCCGCCGGCACCGACGACUACGGCCCCGAGCUGGCGUCGCUUCCGCGGUGCCCCCAGUUCAAGCAGAUUGGCGAGCUGAGGGGGCCCUUUGACCUGGGCCUCAUCCCCAUCGGCGCCUACCAUCCGCGCCCCGUGUUUUCCGCCAUGCACGCCAACCCCUUUGACUCGGUCGAGAUGUUUGUCGACACCAGGUGCCAGAGGGCCCUGGGCAUCCACUGGGGGACCUGGGCCCUGACCAUGGAGCCGGUGCUGGAGCCGCCCAAGCUGCUGAGGGAGGCCCUCGGCCGCAAGGGCAUCCCGGAGACUGGCGUCUUUGACGUGUGCGACAUUGGCGACAGCAGGGAGUUUUAG